GAAAAAGCAGAGUGGACUGGAGGUGAAGGUAAUAAUUGGGGGAAACUUUUCUGAUUGAGAGAGGCGCCAGCAAACAGGGCGUGCUGCCAGCAGGAAAUAACAGACAGGGCGUGCUGCCAGCAGGAAACAACAGACAGGGCGUGCUGCCAGCAGGAAACAACAGACAGGGCGUGCUGCCAGCAGGAAAUAACAGACAGGGCGUGCUGCCAGCAGGAAACAACAGACAGGGCGUGCUGCCAGCAGGAAACAACAGACAGGGCGUGCUGCCAGCAGGAAACAACAGACAGGGCGUGCUGCCAGCAGGAAACAACAGACAGGGCGUGCUGCCAGCAGGAAAUAACAGACAGGGCGUGCUGCCAGCAGGAAAUAACAGACAGGGCGUGCUGCCAGCAGGAAACAACAGACAGGGCGUGCUGGCAGAAUUUGGGACAGCCUUGGGGGCAUCCAUUACUGGCAGAAGCCCGAGUGUGCUGAGUGACGGGGCGGCAUGACCUUGCACAUCAGAGGGUCAGGCAGUGCAGUGCAGACUCCAAGGCUCCCCAAGUGUACAGCAUUGUUGUGUGUGUGGAUGGGGUGUGUGUGCCAGACUCCUCACACUCUGUAUUGGGCCUUUGUUGGAGGCGUCCCCUGUGAUAUAGUGGACGACAACCUGGAGCUCUGUGACACACUGACAAGGGAGAAGGUUACUUGUCGCUCCAAGGCUAAGCUGGUCGGCCCCAUGAAUGUCAGUGUCUGCGUUACCGGAAGAGGCGCGUCUGAAGUGACCAAGAUAGGAAGGCCAUCACUAGCAGACCUCUUGGGUGGUUUCCAAGACCCCAGCUUGGCCUUCAAGACACUUAACCAUACCAGGGGUCUUCCUCCAGCAGCUCACCAGAAUAUAACUGGAUAA